GGUUUGUGCGCUUUGGCUGGAGGUGGAGCUGGAGGGUAGCAGCUUUUGUGACCAUGUUUAACACUGUAAAUACUGGAUUGACAGAGUACAGCGACAAAAAGGAUCUGAGCCAUUUCGCUGCUGCAGGUGCUCUCACAGGAGGAGUGUUCCGGCUGAAUCUGGGACUUAGAGGGCUGCUGGCUGGUAUAGCCAUAGGAGCUGUACUGCGGCUGCCGGCUGGAGUUGUAGUCAUUGGUCUGCAGAAGCUGGAGGGCGAGACCAUGCAUGACAAGAGACAACGGGAAAGACGAGAGCUACAUGAGCAGAGAGUCGCUGAAUGGAAUGCUCGUCUCCAGCUUACAGAUGAUCUUAUUGGAGAAAUGAAGUGUGAGAAACAUCAGGACACUGAUAAUGACCUUCAACGAAUAUAGAGGAGCUGCUCAAUCAACCCAGGAUUGAGAAAGGUGCAAAGAGCUCUGACAGCCAGUAACAUCAGAGA